AACCAUUCAAAAUCACCAACUUCUACACUGCUAAAACCACGAAGCACACACGAGAUCUCAGUUCUUACAGCUAUAUAUAGAUAUAGACCAGACACACUCUUUGCCAGCCUCACACAAACAUUUUGCUUCACCAAUGAGCCGGCGCCAUGUACUCCUUGUGACAUUUCCAGCACAAGGCCACAUCAAUCCCUCCCUUCAAUUUGCCAAGAGGCUCAUCGACAUGGGCAUUGAGGUCACCUUUGCCACCAGCUUAUACGCACGGCGGCGCAUGGAGAAAACCGCCGCCAGGGACCUACCGAAGGGCCUGAGUUUCGCUGCCUUUUCAGACGGAUAUGAUGAUGGGUUCACGAUGAGCGACGACCCCAGGAAGUACAUGACGGAGAUAAGAAGUCGAGGCGCCAAGACUCUGAAAGAUACUGCUCUGUCAGCUGCAGAGCAGGGCCGUCCCGUGACGUGCUUGAUUUACACUCUCCUCCUCCCGUGGGCGUCAGAGGUGGCGCGUGAAGUCAACAUCCCGAGCGCUCUCCUCUGGAUCCAACCCGCCACCGUGUUGGAUAUAUACUACUACUAUUUCAAUGGCUAUGCAGAUGAAAUUAUUGCCAGCUCCAAUGACCCGUCGUGGAAACUUCAGCUGCCGGGACUUCCAAUAUUGCUAUCCAAACGUGAUCUUCCAUCUUUUAUGCUUCCUAACUGCUCGGAGAGGUAUAGUUUUGCUCUUACAACUUUCAAGGAACAGCUCGAGGCAUUGGAUGUCGAAACGAAGCCUAAAGUGCUUGUCAACACUUUUGAUUCAUUGGAGUCUAAUGCGCUCAAGGCCAUCGACAAGUAUGAGUUAAUUGGAGUCGGGCCCUUGAUUCCUUCUGCUUUCUUGGGUGGUAAAGAUCCUUCCGAUACGUCUUUUGGCGGAGAUCUCUUUCAGAAAUCUGAUGACUACAUAGAAUGGUUGAACUCGAAGCCCGAAUCUUCAGUUGUUUAUGUGUCUUUCGGCAGCUUGCUGAGGCUACCAAAAGCUCAGAUGGAGGAGAUUGCAAAAGGGCUACUAGACAGUAGUAGGCCGUUUCUGUGGGUUAUACGAGACAACGAAAAAGCCAAUGAGGAGAAGAAAGAAGAUGAUGAGAGGUUAAGUUGCAUGGAGGAAUUGGAAAAGGUGGGGAGAAUUGUGCCAUGGUGCUCUCAACUUGAGGUUCUAACGCACCCAUCGUUGGGGUGUUUCGUGACACACUGUGGGUGGAAUUCGACUCUUGAGAGC